GGCUCUACCACCUGACUGUGUUUCACCAAUCAAACGGAGUUGUGCAGUCUCGUCACCAUAGUCUCAAACUCAGCGCCGGGAUGGUUAGCUUACAGUCGCAGCAAAACAAAAAUGGCAAUGUCAGAAUCAGCCGUCGGCAACGCAGACACAGACGAGGAGGAACAGCCCAGAGGCCAGAUCAACAUGCCCUGGAUUUCUUUCAGUUACCCGGCUUCACCUAACCACCGCGGUCCCGCAAGCUGUUUCAUGACGGUGGUCAACUAGUUCAAUCAACCAUCAGGGUUUCCCAAUCCAGCGGCGCGUGUUCACAUAAAACGUCUCCAGCUGCCAUCAGAGUGGUGACUGACGGAGUUUCUGUAACGCUGCCAGCUGCUUCUGACUACUCAGAACUCCAGCUCAGACCGGCCCUCUGCUCUGAUGUCAUACUCACAUUUCUAGGUUUGGAUUUAAAGAUAUGAGGAAGUGAUAAACGCAGACAGCAGCAGCAUCUGUCAGUGUCUACAGACGGAGGAAGAGGACGUCUCUCUGACGGGACUUUAACAGGGACAAAAGAUGAAGACGCCUAAGGAAGUCGUCUUGGGAAUUUUAGAAAGUUUGGGAACCGAUGACUUUGAAAAAUUUAAGUGGUACCUGCAGCAGGAAGGGGCCCUUGAAGACCUCCCAGCAAUCCCAAUUAGUAAACUGGAGAAUGUAAACAGGGAGAAGACAGUGGACCAGAUGUUCUCGACCUACAGUAUGAACAUCAUUAAUGUGACCAAAAAAGUUUUAGUGAAAAUUAAUCAGAAUGAGCUAGUGAAGAAGUUAUCAAACAUCAUCUCAGAACGUGCAGAGAUUCUUGCUGCGUGCAAGAGAAAAGUCAAAUCCAAAUCACAAAAGAAGUUCCGGUGUGUGUUUGAAGGAAUUGUUAAAGCAGGAAAUAAAACCCCUCUGAAUCAGAUGUUCACAGAGAUAUACCUCACAGAGGGAGGGACUGCAGAGGUCAAUGUUGAUCAUGAAGUCAGACAGAUUGAAACAGCAUCCUGGAAACCAGACAGACCAGAAACAACAAUCACAUGUGAAGACAUCUUUAAAACCCCACCUGGAAGAGAAGAAUCAAUCAGAACAGUGAUGACAAUGGGAGUGGCUGGCAUUGGGAAAACAGUCUUAACACAGAAGUUCACUCUGGACUGGGCUGAAGGCAAGGCCAACCAGGACAUCCAGUUCACAUUUCCAUUCACCUUCAGAGAGCUGAAUGUGCUGAAAGAGAAAAAGUACAGCUUGGUGGAACUUGUUCAUUUGUUCUUUAGUGAAACCAAAGAAGCAGGAAUCUGCAUGUUUGAAGAGUUCCCGGUUGUGUUCAUCUUUGACGGUCUGGAUGAGUGUCGACUUCCUCUGGACUUCCUCAACACUGAAAUCCUGACUGAUGUUACAGAGUCCACCUCAGUGGAUGUGCUGCUGACAAACCUAAUCAGGGGGAAACUGCUUCCCUCUGCUUGCCUCUGGAUAACCACACGACCUGCAGCAGCCAAUCAGAUCCCUCCUGAAUGUGUUGACAUGGUGACAGAGGUCAGAGGGUUCACUGAUGCCCAGAAGGAGGAGUACUUCAGGAAGAGAUUCACAGAUGAGGAGCAGGCUAGCAGAAUCAUCUCCCAUAUCAAGAAAUCACGAACCCUCCAUAUCAUGUGUCACAUCCCAGUCUUCUGCUGGAUCACUGCUAAAGUUCUGGAGGACGUGUUGAUGACCAGAAAGGGAGGAGAGCUGCCCAAGACUCUGACUGAGAUGUACAUCCACUUUCUGGUGGUUCAGGCCAAAGGGAAGAAAGUCAAGUAUGAUGGAGGAGCUGAGACAGAUCCACACUGGACUCCAGAAAGUAGGAAGAUGAUAGAGUCUCUGGGAAAACUGGCUUUUGAGCAGCUGCAGAAAGGCAACCUGAUCUUGUAUGAAUCAGACCUGACAGAGUGUGGUAUCGAUAUCACAGCAGCCUCAGUGUACUCAGGAGUGUUCACACAGAUCUUUAAAGAGGAGAGAGGACUGUACCAGGACAAGGUGUUCUGCUUCAUCCAUCUGAGUGUUCAGGAGUUUCUGGCAGCUCUUCAUGUCCAUCUGACAUUCACCAACUCUGGAGUCAACCUGCUGUCAGGAAAACAUACAUCAUCAUGGCUGCCUGAAGUCUUCAAAGAAAAACUAAAACAUCUCCACCAGGGUGCUGUGGACAAGGCCUUACAGAGUCCAAAUGGACACCUGGACUUGUUCCUCCGCUUCCUCAUCGGUUUUUCUCUUCAGUCCAAUCAAACUCUCCUACGAGGCCUGUUGACACAGACAGGAGGUAGCUCACAGACCAAUCAGGAAACAGUCAAGUACAUCAAGAAGAAGAUCAACGGGGAUCUGUCUGCAGAGAGAAGCAUCAAUCUGUUCCACUGUCUGAAUGAACUGAAUGAUCAUUCUCUAUUGGAGCAGAUCCAACAGUACCUGAGUUCAGACCGUCUCUCUAGAGAUGAACUGUCUCCUGCUCAGUGGUCAGCUCUGGUCUUCAUCUUACUGUCAUCAGAAGAAGAUCUGGACCUGUUUGACCUGAAGAAAUACUCUGCUUCAGAAGAUGCUCUUCUGAGGCUGCUGCCAGUGGUCAAAGCCUCCAAAAAAGCUCUGCUGAGUGGCUGUAACCUGUCAAUGAUAAGCUGUGGAGGUUUGUCCUCAGUUCUCAGCUCCCAGUCCUCUAGUCUGAGAGAGCUGGAUCUGAGUAACAAUAACCUGAAGGAUUCAGGAGGGAAACUGCUGUCAGCUGGACUUCAGAGUCCACACUGCACACUUAAGACUCUCAGGCUGAGUGUCUGUAACCUGUCAGAGAGAAGCUGUGAAGUGCUGUCCUCAGUUCUCAGCUCUGAGUCCUCUUGUCUGAGAGAGUUGGACCUGAGUAACAACAACCUGAAGGAUUCAGGAGGGAAGCUGCUGUCGGCUGGAAUUCAGAGUCAACACUGUAAACUGCAGAAUCUCAGGCUGAGUGGCUGUAACCUGUCAGACAGAAGCUGUGAAGCUCUGUCCUCAGUUCUCAGCUCUGAGUCCUCUAGUCUGAGAGAGCUGGACCUGAGUAACAACGACCUGAAGGAUUUAGGAGGGAAGCUGCUGUCGGCUGGACUUCAGAGUACACACUGUAAACUGGAGAAUCUCAGUCUGUCAGGCUGUAUGAUCUCAGAGGAAGGCUGUUCUUCUCUGAUCUCAGCUCUGAGCUCCAACCCCUCCCAUCUGAGAGCGCUGGACCUGAGCUGCAAUCAUCCAGGAGACUCAGUAGUGAAGAUGCUGUCGGCUCGACUUAAGGAUCCACUCUGGAGACUGGAAACUCUCAGGGUGGAGCCUGCUGGAUUCAUAUGGUUGACACCAGGUCCGAGGAAGUAUUCCUGUGAACUCACACUCGACACAAACACAGUUUACAGAAAACUCAAACUGUCUGACAACAACAGGAAGGUGACAUUAGUGUUGGAGGAUCAGCCAUAUCCUGAUCAUCCAGAGAGGUUUGACUACUGGAAACAGCUGCUGUGCAGAGAGGGUCUGACCGGUCGCUGUUACUGGGAGGUCGAGACGAGAGGAGUGGUUACAAUAUCAGUGAGUUACAGAGGAAUCAAGAGGAGAGGAGACAGUGUUGACUGUUGGUUUGGACACAAUGAUCAGUCCUGGCCUCUGAUCUGCUCUGAUGAUGGUUACUCUGUCCUGCACAAUAAGAGAGGAACAGUCCUCUGUCUCUCCUCCUCUGUCUCUGAUAGAGUAGCAGUGUAUGUGGACUGUCCUGCUGGCUCUCUGUCCUUCUACACAGUCUCCUCUGACUCACUGAUCCACCUCCACACCUUCAACACCACAUUCACUGAGCCUCUCUAUCCUGGGUUUGGGUUCUGGUCAUAUGGUUCCUCAGUGUCUCGGAGUCCUGUGGAGGACGGAGAGUCUCCUCCUGGUUCUGGUUCCUCAGUGUCUCUGAGUCCUGUGGAGGACGGAGAAUAUCCUCCUGUCAGAGAACCAGACAGUUGAACAGUAUAAACAACGUUUGAGACAAGAUUCAUCUCUAAAAGACAGACAGACAGAGAGACAGUCAGACAGACAGGUAUGGACUGAAAUAUGUGCCACCAGAAACUGAAUUUGAAUCAUUUAUAUUUGAUAUUGAAUUGCUAAACAUGAAUAAUUGCAUUGAAAAACUGAAUUUGAAUCACAUAAUUUGAAAUUGUAUUGUUUAAUUUGAAUCAUUGCAUUGAAAAACUGAAUCUGAAUAGUAUAAUUUGAAAUUGAAUUUAUUCGUUUGGAACUGAAGUCCAAUCAAAUUAGAUCCUCACUGAAAAUUCAACUCUAUGUAUCUUCACAUUCAGUUCUCACAAUUCAGAUUCAAAUUACUGUGAGAGACAUCCAGGUAGUUGGAGGAUGAAGGAAGAGCAAUAGAGUUCUGGUUGUUUUUGAAUGUUGAAAUUUCAUUUUUUUAAACUUGUAGUCUCCUUUCUCAACGUUUUUCUUGCUUCUUUAACCUCGGUGUUGUUCCUGCACGUGUCUCUGUUGUUGAUACGGAAGAUAGAUGUACAUGUUGUUGAUGACCUGAUCAAACAACUGAAGUUAAUUUCCUUUCUCCAGCCGUCAAAAAACAAACUGUCGUCUCCCUGCCCAGCCAUAUUAUUCCUUCUUGAGUCUUUUUAACAAGAAAUUAGAUUCAUGUAUGAAUUGAAUAGUGAUUUUGUGACUUAUGAGGAAACAACCCUUGGUACCAUAAAAUGAUAGCCUAUAGCAAUGUCAUCAGGAUACACAUAAACUGGUAGGCUGUGGCCCACUACCGGUGACUGCGUCGUGGUCCACCUGAUCACAGAAUUUAUAGUUUACCCAACUCUUUUUGCAUAUAUCUACAUGUACAAAUAGUAAUGUAAGCAGUAACUGAUCUAUCCAAUUGUAAUGAUGUUUUGAGAAACGUAAGUUUUAAUGUUGCUUGCUCAGGUUAGCUAACCUUAUAAUCACCUGUGCAGGUGGUAGGGUCCAUUUAGGGGAGGCUGGUUUAAAAGGGCUUGAGGAGAAGAGGAGCGAGAGAGAAGAAAUGGGCAGCUUGCAAAGAGGUUGCUGUUUAUAUUUGUGGGAAUUUUGACCUAAAGUGAAUUAUGUUUUUUUCAUCUUUUGGUUUGAGUGUGUUUUGGUGGUGUUUUGUUAAUAAAGACACAAAUUGUGCAGUUUAAAAACCGCCUCUCCAGUCUUCAAGCGUGACGUUUGGUGGCAGUGGUGGGAUCUGCAAUCGUGACACAGUGUUUACAUCAAAUCAAUUAACUUUUCUGUAUUUUCAUAUUCUAAAACAGUGUCACCAUAGAAUAUGUUUUAACAGACAGCACUGCUGUGGACAAGUCCAAAACUGUCAGACAAUCAGAUUAAUGUCACUGGACAAAACAAAACUCAACAGUUACAUUCAUGUUCAUCACUUCAGAUUUCAUUGUACAGUCUCUUUAUGUCAGGUUUGGUAUUUUUGAUGUCUUAAGUAGCUAAGAAGAGGAAGGAAUUGUAAUGUCAUGUACUCUAGUAUGAAUUAGUACACACCAGUUUAACGUAAUGCAUCUAGAAGGUUUGUGGAAGUACGGUAGGCUACUUAGGGCUGAUCUUAACCUUCAGAAGGGUCAUUUUCCUUGGUUAAUUAUCUGUGUUUUCUGGACACUAAGGACGUCCCAACAGCACACCUUUGGUCAGUUUCUGAAUAUAAACUGUGUUUGAAACAUUUUGGACCAAAAUGGUCCACACAAGAAACUGUUACAUUGUGUGUAAAAUGUCCCCACAAAGCCUGUUGUGUUCGAGUUGUUUGAUAACAGACAGGGCUUGGCUGGCCAGUAAGAAAUACUUUAUUUUGCAUUUCAUUCAUAUUUUUCUUUGCAAGUCUGGUAUAUGUUUGUAUGCAUCUCCUCUCAUCUUAAAGAUUGUGUCUGAACAAGAGGUCCAUAUUGAUUAUAUUUUGCAGUGUUUACAUCAAAUUGAUAAUUUAUUUUUCUGUCUUUUCAUAUUCUGACGCUGUCACCAUAAAAUAUGUUUUUACAGAUGACCAGCAUGACAACUGAAAAUGGUCUCCAUAAGAAACUGUUAAUAACAUGCAAAUGAGGUCCCCACCAACAAUGUUAACUCAUUUUUUUACAAGUCCCUAUAUAGGAUGAUCAAGUAAUUACUUUAUUAAAUCAGAUGUUUGAAGUCGUGUAUAAGCUAA